CAUUAGCGAACAGGAGGUGGAGUUGGCCGAUUGGCUCAAGGAGAAUCCUAUGCUGUACACGAAGAGCAUGAAGGAAUACAAAAACACGGCAAAGGCAGCAGAGCUUGAUCUGGAGUCCGGGCCUAUGCUGAAGACCUGGUACGAGAGCGUCAGGACGAAGGUCGGGAAGAUGUCCGACAAGAAGAGCGACUCGGCAACAAAAGACAUGAGUGACAGGGACACCUUCCUUAUGCAGAACUUUGGGUUCCUGGCGUCUCACAUAGCGAGAGUGAAGGGCAGACCAGCAUGCAGUUUGAAGCCUCGCCUGGACACGGCACUCCCCACGGUUUCCUCAGACUCAGAGCAGGAGAUGGAGCAUGACACCCAAGAGGGACCAGAGGAGACCGGUGACCAGUCUCCAGCACCAGAACCACCCACGUCCAAGGGGAAGUCCUGCACUGUGAGGGGAAGAAGCAUUCCCACCAAAUCAUCAUCAUCACAGAAAAAGACCAGCACGCCUGUCCCAGCCCUGGACGACACCGCUGAGGUUGUGAACCUCAUCAGCUCGCUUCAAUCUCAGCAGGAACGCUCCGACGCUAUCCAGGGACAGAUAACAGGGCUUCUGUUGCGUGAACAGAGGUCGGCCACAGCUGCAUGGGGGACAUGGUUCGGGGCAAUGGCUGCAAACUUGGACCCGACACUUCUUCCGAGGUUCUAUCGUGCCAGCUUCGACAUGAUGUUGAGCUUUGCAGAGGAGUCCCGACAACUACAAAUACCUCAUGCCGGACAGCAAUUCGUUCCCAUGAAUUUUGACGUGCAGCCCUGUCAACAGCCUCAGCAGCAGCAGUAGCACCAUGAUCAGACUACGUUAACAACAUUGUUGACUCCCGUUCAGCAGCAACAACAGCAGCAGUAUCAGCAGCAGCAACAGACUUUCUUCGGUGGUGCCCGCACCACUCCUACGUGGGACACCAUGAGACCAACAGCAGGACAGAACGUCGCGUCCACGUCGACGUCGCAACCACCUCGCCCAGCCAGUACUCCAACCAGCUUGAACUCCAGCUUUCAACUGCCAAGUAUUCCGGACUUCUCCAAUUUAAACACAACGCCGUCUCCUGCGGGUCGACAACCAGAUGGCACCUUCAACUGAACAUUUGUGAAUAUGAACUUUGAAAUGUGAUUUUUAAUUUUUUUUUUAACUGUGAACGUUAACUGCAUUAUGGACUAUUGAAAUUACUUGCGAUUAUGUUCUUUUUAUUUACCUAUUAUAUGUAAUGUGUAAUAAAAAAGUUUGUUUUG